AUGCGCUACGCCGUCCUCGUGACGGGCCCCGCCGGCGCAGGCAAGUCGACCUUCUGCGCGUCGCUCAUCACGCACGCCCAGUCGCUCGGCCGCACCGUGCACCUGUUCAACCUCGACCCGGCGGCCGACAAGUUCGAGUAUCCGCCCUCGAUCGACAUCAAGGACCUCGUCAGCCUCGAGGACGUCAUGGACGAGCUCCAGCUCGGGCCCAACGGCGGCCUCAUCUACUGCUUCGAGUACCUCAUGCAGAACCUCGACUGGCUGUCGGACGCGCUCGGCGACUUUGAGGACGACUACCUCAUCAUCGACUGCCCAGGCCAGAUCGAGCUCUACACGCACAUCCCGAUCCUGCCCCGCCUCGCCAAACUCCUCACGUCGACGAUGAACAUCAGCCUCGUCGCGUGCUACCUCCUCGAGUCGCAGUUCAUGGAGGACACGUCCAAGUACUUUGCCGGCGUCCUGUCGGCCAUGAGCUGCAUGAUCGGGCUCGAGGUGCCGUUCGUCAACGUCAUGAGCAAGAUGGACCUCGUCAGGCGCGAGGGCAAGCGGAAAAAGGAGGUCGACCGGUUCCUCGACCCGGAUCCCGAGCUGCUGCGUACGUCGGUCAACCAGGAGCUCAACCCCAAGUUCCACCAGCUCAACAGCGCCCUCGUGCACCUCAUCGACGACUUCAACAUGGUGCAGUUCCUCCCGCUCGACGUGACGGACGAGGACUCGGUCGGCGUCGUCCUGAGCCACCUCGACAACGCGAUCCAGUACGGCGAGCACGAGGAGCCAAAGGAGCCGGCGGACAUGGACCAGGGCGACUUUGACGUGGCCGAGUGAGUCUGAGCGGCGCCGACGUCGACGUCGACGCCGAAUCGAGCGACGAAGAGGGAGGGCGCGUAGAACCCCUGCUUGCUUGUUGUAAUUAUCAAGACUGUCUGCGCAUGCACACUU